GAUUUUCACUUGGAACUUCCUCUGCGGGGCUCCGCCCAUUGUCCCGGAAGUACUGGGUGCGGUGGAGGUUUCUGGUCCUGUUGGCGAGCAGCACUUCCUUUUUGUCCGACAUUUUAUCAAGGCUGCAGUGGCAGCGACUGCUCUCUGAACUUCGCCAUGCCGCCCAAGGACGACAAGAAGAAGAAAGAUGCCGGAAAGUCGGCCAAGAAAGACAAAGACCCAGUGAACAAAUCUGGGGGCAAAGCCAAAAAGAAGAAGUGGUCCAAAGGCAAAGUUCGGGACAAGCUCAAUAACCUAGUGUUGUUUGACAAAGCCACUUAUGACAAACUCUGUAAGGAAGUUCCCAACUACAAGCUCAUAACUCCUGCUGUUGUCUCUGAGAGACUGAAGAUUCGAGGUUCCCUCGCCAGGGCAGCCCUUCAGGAGCUGCUUAGUAAAGGACUUAUCAAGCUGGUUUCAAAACACAGAGCUCAAGUAAUUUACACCAGAAACACCAAGGGUGGAGAUGCCCCAGCUGCUGGUGAAGAUGCAUGAACAGGUCCAACCAACUGUACAUUUUGAAAAAUAAAACUUUAUUAAAUCAAA